UCAAACAACCCAGCGACCGGACGUCAACCAGUCAACGCAGCAAACGUUUUAUUAUCAAUUUAUUCAAAGUUAGACAAACAAGCAAAACGUGGGAACUCAAAUGAUAAACAAAAGAAUUAUUUUAUCAGGUGACCUUUGCUGAGGACCAUUAGGUGUCGUCACAAUGGGUAUCGGCCAACAGAAGUUAUCCACGAAAAUCGUCGGAAAAGUAAAGUCUGUUACGAAGACUGAAAAAGAAUACCUCAUAGCUUACGAAACAGGAGAGCAAGCGAAACUGAACAUCUUAAACAAUCAUGUUUUCAAAUACUUCAUGUCGCCUACGGGUGAAUUCCCAGACUACCCCGAACCUAUGAAUCCUGAUGACGUCGCAAAAAUUACUGCCAAGAAAAUCUCUGAUUAUGACACCACAGCUUUUGAGAAAUCGCACGUUAAAGAACAUGAACAUUCAUUCAUCAUCCACACUAUCAAAAUCCACAUAGAAUUUGAUAAGAUAAAAGGCACGAUGUCGGUGUUCGAUAAAAGAACAAACAAACAAGUGUUCAGCGAAGCGAAGCCAUUGUCUUAUGCUAAUAACAAAGCAACACAAAAGUUGCAUCAACUGAAAGACGAGUAUUUCUUCGGAGGUGGUAUGCAGAAUGGGAGGUUCAGUCAUAAAGGAGAAGUUAUACAUAUUGUGAACACCAACAAAUGGACCGACGGCGGGGUCACAUCUCCGUGUCCUUUUUACUGGUCUACAAACGGCUAUGGGGUCAUGAGACACACUUGGCAGCCAGGCCGCUAUGAUUUCGGAUUGCACAAACCAGACUUUGUUAAAACAAUCCACAAGGGAGAGGAUUUUGACGCGUUUUAUUUCAUAAAUGAACAACCGAAACGUAUUCUGACUGAUUACUUCGAGCUCACAGGUAAACCGCUUCUCAUGCCUGAGUACGCUUUUUAUGAAGCACAUUUAAACGCAUUCAAUCGUGAUUAUUGGGUCAAAGUUAGUUCUGAUACUCCAGGUGCCAUUUUGUUUGAAGACGGAGAAUAUUACAAAAGCUAUAAACCUAAUGAAAUGGGAGAUAAGACUGGAAUUCUGGAAUCCUUGAACGGAGAGAAAAAUAACUACCAGUUCUCGGCACGAGCUAUGGUAGACAGGUACAGGAAACACGACGUACCCCUCGGUUGGUUUAUUCCCAACGAUGGUUAUGGAUCGGGAUAUGGACAGACAGAUUCUCUGGCUGGUGACAUUGAAAACUUAAAGGAAUUUGCAAACUAUGCUCGAAAGAAUGGUGUAGAAGUUGCGCUCUGGACUGAGUCACAGUUAGAGCCCAAAGAUCCAGAAAACCCGAAAAAAGGUGAACGCGAUUUAGCUAAAGAGGUCGGUGUAGCUGGAGUAGUGGCUUUGAAAUGUGAUGUCGCAUGGAUUGGUAGCGGUUAUUCCUUUGGGUUGAAUGCGGUCGAAAAUGCUACUAACAUAUUUAUGAAGACUACGGAACAUCGACCGAUGAUCAUCAUGGUCGAUGGCUGGGCGGGCACUCAACGGUACUCUGGCAUCUGGAGUGGAGACCAGAGCGGCGGGGAAUGGGAAUACAUCCGCUUCCACAUCCCCACUUACAUUGGCACUGGACUUUCCGGCCAGCCAGUCCUCGGAUCAGACAUGGACGGAAUUUACAGGGGGAAGAGCAGGGAGGUGAAUAUAAGAGAUUUUCAGUGGAAAACAUUUACACCGCUGCAGCUUAACAUGGAUGGCUGGGGAAGCAUUCCCAAAACCCCUUUUAGCUUUGGAGAUGAAGCAACUGCAAUCAACAGAGCAUAUUUAAAACUGAAGUCAACGAUGAUGCCGUACAACUAUUCUAUAGGACACGAAUCGAUUAACGGCCUACCAAUGAUCAGAGGCAUGUUUUUGGAAUUUCCGAGUGAACCGUCUGCUUAUACGCUGGAUUCUCAAUAUCAAUACAUGUGGGGGCCAAGCAUAUUAGUUGCUCCAAUAUACAAACAAAGAGGAGUCAUGGAUGCGUCGAUUCGCGACGGGAUUUUGCUACCAGACGCUGACCAAGUUUGGAUCGAUUUCUUUACCGGAGAAAAGUACCAAGGUGGCAAAAUCCUGAACAACAUAAGAGUACCGUUGUGGAAACUACCUGUAUUUCUCAAAGACGGAGCUAUUAUACCCAUGGUCAAUCCGAAUAACAAUCCUUAUGAAAUCCAAAGAGAUAAUAGAAUCUUCACAAUUUAUCCAAACGGGGAAACAAUCUUUCAUGUUUAUGAAGACGAUGGGAUAAGCGUUGAUUACCUAAAAGGACACUCUGCUUCUACAACGAUAAAAGUUGUUGGACCGAAAUCUAACGAGUCUGGUGAGUUGUUGGUAAAUAUUCACAAAACGAAAGGUUCUUACAAGAGCAUGGUAAAGGAAAGAACUACAUUACUUCGAAUUAUGGCAUCAAAAGAUAUUCAACGCAUAAAAGCAGCAGCCAAUGGAGAGCCGUUACAAUUAUCCAGAGUCGAUACAGAUGAGGAUUUUUACAAUAAAGAAAAUGUGUAUUACUUCAAAGAGGACUUCAUUGUCAACCCAUAUUUGAAGGAAGUCACAGAAGAAAUCUGGAAGCAAAAAUUUCUCCUCGUUAAAUUAAGCAAAGUCGACAUUACAGAAAAUGAAAUACACCUGAAAGUAAAAGGUUACACAAACAAGGGUAAAAUAUUCGGAAGUAACACAAGUUUGAACGAAUCUUUGGAAGCACCGUCACAUUUGACUGCUCUCACUGUUAGAACAUCUAUUGCUUUACUCUGGGAACCAGUAAAUGAAGCUACUUAUUAUGAAAUCGAAAGAGACGGCGCUGUAUUUAGCAACAUUACUGGUUCUUCGUUUACGUUUGAAGAUUUCAAGUAUGAAUCUAAGCAUACCUUUAGGAUUCGUUCGGUGAACGAUGAAGGCGUGUCGGAAUGGAGCGAUUUUGUGGAUGCUGUCGAAAUAGAGGAUCCGUACAGGUAUACGGUGAAAGAUGUAAAAGCGUCUUGCAGUGUACCCUGCGAGCCGGGUGAAGCCAUAUGUAAGCUCACAGAUGGAGACCUAAAAUCGCUCUGGCACACUCAAUGGGACAUGCCCCAUCAAGCGGACUACAAAACUGGAAGCACUAUAAAAGUUAAUUUCGACUUGGGCAGCGUAUAUGAAAUCGAAAAAUUUGAAUACUAUCCCCGAGCGGAUGGUGGUAACGGAACGAUCCUUAAAAUACAAUACAGACAUUCUAUUGACGGGCAAAAUUGGAGUCAAUUCUCUGAGGCCAUUGAUUGGAAACGCGAUGAUAAAGUCAAGAAAGUCGCUAUAAACGGGGUUAAGAUGCGAUAUGUGGAAUGGAACAUUCUAGAUGCUGUAGGGGGCUUUGCAGCUGGCAGACAAGUGAUGUUCUAUAGAACUUCCACUUUUGUGCCAACCAAGAUUGAUGACAGGAACAAAAAUAUUGUUCAGGGAGUUAAAGCAACUUGCACGUUACCUUGCGAGUCGGGUCAGAACAUUUGUAAAUUGACUGAUGGUGACACUGCCUCCUUAUGUAUGUGGCAUACUAAAUGGGAUGAGCUGGGUAGAAUUGACCCGGAAGAAGGGCAGCAUUUGGCGGUGCACUUUGACCUGGGUGAUGUUUUUGAAAUUGAGAAAAUGGAGUAUUACCCGCGAGAUGAUGCAGGCAACGGAACUUUUCUCGAAGUAGAGUAUAGACAUAGUAUUGACGGCGAGGCCUGGACUGCUCUGUCUGAUACUAUUCACUGGAGUCACGACGAAAUCGUCAAAACCAUUCCCCUUGGCGGCGCCAAAUUUAGAUAUAUCGAACUGCACGUAUUGAACACGAUUGGUAACUAUGGCUCUGGUAGACAAAUAUUGUUUUACAAGAAAAAUAAUUAGUGUUUCAAAUGAAGCUUUAAAUAAAAGUUGAAAUUGUAAUUUUAUAGCAAUAUUAUAAAGUAUUAAGCUUAUAGAAAAAUAUAAAACCGCCCAAUUUUGUAUUGCUUAGACAAGAGCAUUUUUAUUAUUGAUAAUCGAAUGGUAACGUAAGUUUUAAAGAUAUACAAUUUUAAAGACAAAUUGGUUUAUUGUAACAAUGAAAGUGUUGUUUUUACAUAGGGUCCAAACGCAUAUAAGCAUUUGUAUUGGUUAUAAAUUAUAAAAAAGAUAGCAUUUAUUAAUAUCUAUAUUAUUGUAAUUUUAUCUCGGAUAUUACAAAUUGUAUUACUAUAUUAUUUAUAUUUUAAGAAGUUAUAAAGGUAUAUAAUUUUAAAUACUAUUGCGUAUUAAAUAUAUGUUAUUAUUGUAACAAUGAAAGAGUA